CUUUCUCAACGCAGAAAGUCCACUCAAUGAAUUUCCCAUCACCAUAACUUAUUUUCUCUCCACUUUCCCAAAUUUUCUCCCUCUCCAAACACCACCUCACUCUCUCUCCCUGUAAAAUAAGUAUCAGCUCCAAAAUCUGUUUAUCUUAAACAGUGCAACCAUCCCAUAUCCAUUCUUGGUAUAAACAAAUUUCCAAACCUGAACAGUAAAUUCGAAGCAUUACCAAGGGUAUUUCUGGGAAGCAAGGACUUCUCUGUACCGGGCAAUGUCGGGGCCACCGCGAGUCCGGUCGAUGAACAUCGAACCGGAAAACAAGGUGCUGCAAAAACCCGUGAAGAAAGCCGAAAAACCGCAGCAGCAAGGAAUCGAGUCCAAGGACAAGAAGAAUGGGAAAGUGGCGUCGGCUGUUUUACGCCAAAAAUCAAUGAAUGGGUCGUGCUCGUCGGACGCGUCGACGGAUUCGUCGCACAGCCGGGCAUCGUCAUCUUCUUCCUCACUGUCCUCGCGGUCAUGGUCAAGUGGGAAAAUGGCGGCGGUGGCGCGGAAGAAUGGAGUUGUUAGGAGGAAGCAGUGUGAGGUGAAAUUUGACAAGGAGGAGAAAACCGGUAUUGUUAGUGAUAGUGAGGCGGCGGAGAGUGGAAAUGUGGUUGACGGGAAUAGUGGACUAGUGGAUACAACUGAUUUACAAGAAAGUAAGAAAAGGUGCGGUUGGGUUACGCCCAAUACUGAUCCAUUCUAUGCAACUUUUCAUGAUGAAGAAUGGGGGGUACAGGUCCAUGAUGACAAGAAACUAUUUGAAUUGCUAUGCCUUUCAGGUGCUUUGGCAGAACUUACUUGGCCAGUCAUUCUUAACAAACGACAUUUGUUCAGGGAGGUGUUUUUGGAUUUUGACCCUACUGCUGUUUCAAAAUUAAAUGAUAAAAAGAUAGCUACCUCAGGAAGUCCUGCAACUUCAUUACUGUCAGAAUCAAAGCUACGAUCAAUCAUUGAAAAUGCACGUCAAAUGUGCAAGGUAAUCGAUGAGUUUGGGUCAUUUGACAAAUACAUCUGGAACUUUGUAAACCAUAAGCCUAUAGUUAACCAAUUCCGAUACUCCCGUCAAGUUCCAGUCAAGACCUCAAAAGCAGAGGUCAUAAGCAAAGAUCUAGUAAGAAGAGGGUUUCGGAGCGUGGGGCCAACAGUCAUAUAUGCAUUUAUGCAAGUGGCUGGAUUAACAAAUGACCAUCUCAUCAGUUGCUUCAGAUUCCAGGAGUGUAUUAUCGGAACAGAAGGGAAAGAGAAGGGUGGCAGUCUUAAGUCCAACGCUGAAAAGAAAGAACCUGAGUAUCCAAUUAUUGUGGGAGUACCAAGAGGUAUGGAUGACCUAUAGUUCCUCAAAAUUGACAUGCCUUGGUACAAAUUGUUACGAAUAGUUAUCAUCUAUACUCCACGAUUUUUGUACAAAUUAUUAAUCACUACUGCUGAAAGUAUCUGCAAACACUGUGUUCUGCAUUUUGGUAUUUUAAUUACUUAUUUAUGACGUUUCUGUAAUAUACAAGUAAUGUUUUCUUCAUUCAACUGGAUAUGUUGAAAGAUUCUUGCUGAAAAAUCUAUAUGAACUCAUAAAUAAGAGGACCCAGAAAAGAUCUGUCGACAUAAUUUGCAAGACCA